AUGGGUUCCACGCUUGAAGCUCUCCCAACGGAGAUUUUGACGAUAAUUGCUGUUAACUUAGACACCUUGGGCCAACGACUGCAGUUGCUAUGCACGUGCCGCCGGCUCUAUAACGCGCUAUUGCCCACGUUGUAUAGAGCUAUUUCACGUUCUCAAGGAAAUGUUGUCCCCUUGCUUCGGACUAUCUUACAAAAACCAUGGCUUGCUCAGAUGGUCCGCGAAUUACGCUUACCGACCACGAAGCGGUCGCUCUUCACUGCUGAUGAAGAUCUAGGCUAUGAGCGCUGGACAGCUCUGGCCGCUGCUGAACCCAUCCUCCGCAAGGCCGUUGAGCCAUUCUUCAUCGAUGAUAUAUACGAACAGGAGAAGUGGCUGAGGGAUCUUCAGACCGGUUCCCCAGAUGCGCUCAUUAGCUUGCUGGUACUUUCUCUGCCCAGACUGGAGAAAUUGGAGCUCGAGCUACCUGGGUAUCAUUAUUUGAGUCGAGUAGCUCAUCGAUCUGCUGGAACGGCAUAUCGAGGGAAUAAUUCUUCAUCAAAUCGCGAUGACCAUCGCGAGGAAGACACAGCUCCUAUUAUUCUCCCACGCCUCACCUCUAUGCAUAUGUAUUGGCCCGAUGAGAGCCAAAUGUCUGUCGACCUUGCAUUACCUUUCUUCCAGCUACCAGCAAUUCGACAUUUCUCUGCAGCCGGUUUUCUCAAAUCUGUGACCGAAUGGAAGCACAAGAGCCAGUCACCGAUAACUCACAUCCUCCUGAUGUACUGCCUAUUAGAGGAUGGGGCAAAGCAGAUAGUCCAAAGUUGCAAGAACCUUCAAUCAUUCAUAUACCUCCAUUCAGAGGCGGAUAUGAUCGAGGGAGACCCCGACCCCGACCCCAUGAUUAAACCCCUGCCUAAACUCUUCCGCGACUCCCUCCUUUCAGCGCGACAGAGCCUUGAAACACUCUGCCUGGACUUCAACUCAGAUACGUCAAGCGGUGGCGCACGCUUUACCACCUUCGGCUCCCUGUCUGAGUUCACGGCACUCAAACAUCUCCACAUUACCGCCUGCAUUCUCUUGCCCCUCUACUGCCCUGCGGGCUCUCAUUCGUCUCCCAGUCAACAUCUUCCAGACAUCCUACCGAGAUCCCUAGAGAUGCUUCAUGUUGAAGGGGUGGAAGCUGAAUGUCUCAAUAAGGUCGUAGAGCGACUGUCAUCCUUCGUCAAAUCUGCGCCCCAACACGCCCCCCGCCUUCGCGAGGUGCGUGUCAUGAUGGUGAAGAUUAACGCGGAUAAUGCGGCCUGCAAAGCGUUCGGGGCUGUUGGAGCUGAGAUGGGCGUGGUCUGCAAAUUCAGCGCGUUGUGUGCAUGUUUCACACCAUCUGGUAACAAGUGA